AUCAAACAAACAAUAUUCAUUAAUCUCUAUCUCUCACUAUUCUCUUCUCUUUUUUCUUUCUCUCUCACCAAACAAUAAAACUGCUGCAUGAACAGACAACCGACAAGUCCCCACUGAUCCGCAAGCUUUUUGUAGUUAGUUGAUAACCAGAGCCAUAUCUCACAAGAUACACAGGGCUUUAUAGCUAUACACAGACUCAUCCAUCAAUUCAAAUUAAUUAAGAUGGAAUGGAUUAUAGGCCUAUGGGUUAUUAUGAUCAUCUUGUUGAUGUUGAGUUGGUGGUUUCUGUUUGGGAAGAAGAAGAAGGAGAAAACAGAGAGAAAGGGAGUAAUAAUUCCAAAAGGGAACUCUGGUUGGCCUUUACUUGGAGAGACCCUUGAUUUCAUUGCUUCUGGCUACUCCUCUCGCCCUGUCACCUUCUUCCAAAACCGCAACUCUCUGUAUGGGAAUGUGUUCAGAACCAGCAUAUUGGGAAGCAGUGUAAUAGUGUCAACAGACCCGGAAGUGAACAAGGUGAUUCUGCAGAACCAGGGGAACAACUUCGUCCCUGCUUAUCCAAAAUCCAUUCGAGAAUUGAUGGGUGAACACUCCAUACUCCAAAUGAACGGGACCAUGCACAAGAAAAUUCAUUCACUCAUUGGAGGCUUCCUUCGCUCCCCACAACUCAAAGCUCGAAUCACCACAGACAUUGAAAACUCUGUCAAACAAUGCUUCGCUUCUUGGACCCAUCACCCAACCAUAUACGUUCAAGAUCAAGUCAAAAAGAUUACCUUCAGGGUUUUGGUUAAAGUUUUGAUGAGUGUUGGUCCUGGUGAAGAUUUGGACUUCCUGAAAAGAGAAUUUGAAGAAUUCAUCAAAGGCUUGAUUUGCUUACCUAUCAAGUUUCCCGGAACAACGCUAUAUAAAUCCUUGAAGGCUAAGGAAAGGAUGGUGAAGAUGGUGAGGAGGAUAAUAGAGGAGAGGAAGAAGAAACUUAUGGAGAAUAAUCAUGAGAGUGCAGUGAAUGAUGUGGUGGACGUGCUCUUACAGGAUAAGGACUCUAGCUCAAAGCUAAGCUUGGAAAUGAUUAGCGAGAACAUUAUAGAGUUCAUGAUCCCAGGAGAGGAGACCCUUCCUACGGCUAUGACAUUGGCCCUCAAGUUCCUCACUGACUCUCCCCUCGCCUUAUCCAAACUGCAGGAGGAAAAUAUGGAAUUGAAGAGGCAGAAGACCAAUUGCUCAGAUAAUUAUGCAUGGACUGAUUACAUGUCAUUACCAUUUACUCAAAAUGUCAUCAGUGAAACUCUUAGAAUGGCUAAUAUUGUCAAUGCUAUUUGGAGGAAAGCAGUCAAAGAUGUAGAAAUCAAAGGGUACCUAAUUCCCAAGAACUGGGGUGUUAUGGCAUCUCUUACCUCAGUUCAUGUGGACAACAAGAACUAUGAAAACCCUUAUCAGUUUGAUCCAUGGAGGUGGGAGAAAAUUGGAGCUGUGGGUAACAAUUGCUUUACCCCAUUUGGUGGUGGACAUAGACUAUGCCCUGGAUUAGAACUCUCCAGGCUAGAGCUCUCUAUUUUCCUUCACCAUUUUGUUACUACUUACAAAUGGGUUGCUGAGAGGGAUGAAAUAGUUUACUUUCCAACAGUGAAGAUGAAGAAGAAGCUCCCAAUUAGUGUGCAACCCAUUAAUGCAUGAUUGGAUUAUACCAUCAAGAUAUAAAUUCGAGCAUGUAUAAAUUAAUAUAUGUAUUGAGAUAUUUAAUUCAACCUAGAGGGUAAAUUUCAAGUUGAAAUACGGAUGCCUUUUCAGAUAGGAUUUGUAUUAUAUUGUAUUGCUCUA